AUGGAAACAAUGGAAUUAUUGGAAAUAAACCACGGAACACCAGUAUUCUUACGAGAAAUCAAUCAGAAUGCACCACAAUGGAUUGGGAAAGAAAUUCGUGUCAUUGGAUCAUUAAUUUAUCACGAUAUCGAUGCAGAAAUUGGCGUUUUACAACAAUAUUUAGAUGGUAGAGAAAGUUUCCUUAUGGUGGACAUGAAUUUGGAUUUAUUAGAGUCGGGUUCCAUUAUCAAAAGUACCAAGUGUAGCCGAAUUCCGAAAAACAUCCGAGGACGUCUAACUGACACAAUUAUAAAUGUUCCCGAUCUUCCCAUACUUAAGGCACGUAUUGUUCGAAACGUCCAAGGUAUAAACAUGUCAUUAUAUCAACAAAUUAUAAAACUAAGGAGACAGUUUGAUAGCAGAUUUAACGAAAUGAUGGAAAAAAUGGAAAAAAAUAAUGAAAUGAAAAGUGAAAAAAUGGAAAGUAAAAUGAAAAGGAAAAAAGUCAAGCGAUUCGAAUAA